AUGGCGUUCUACGGAUCGACCGAAUUUUCGGUGAACCCACAACCACAACGGCAACGGAGAUACCAUCGGAGAAGUCGCAACGGAUGCAUAGCGUGCAAGAGACGCCACGUGAGGUGCGAUGAGGCGAGGCCAAUCUGCGGCUCCGGGUGCUCAUACUCUGAUGACUCCGUAUCGAUGGGAGAGCCAUCAUCAUCCGAUGGUCGCGAUGGUGGCGCCGAGCACACAAUGGCAUUUCGGUCCAGGGUCAGAGACACAUCUGAGCCGCCAGCUAGCAACGUAGAGCUCGAGGGGCCGCCGAGAUUCGAGGCCGAUGCAUUUGUCACAACCCUCUUCUCCGGUGCUCCAGCUGAGUUGGCAGACAAGACCUGGUGGUUGUUCCGCACGAUGGCACAGGAGAGCAUGACCGGCUUUCGAUCUUCUGCAACGGGAGCAACGUUCAAGUUGCCUUUACCGCCUUGGAGCUCAAGUAUCAGCAAGUAUGCCUCGUGCAACACUGGAACUGCUAUGCAGACGAUGCCCACAGAGCAUAUCAAAGUCCCCCUGCUACAUUUCAAGCAGGACGCCUUCAAUUUCAUCAAGGGCCAUCUCGAAAGCCCCUUCAAAGACAUUGGUGACUCCGUCAUGGCAACGAUCAGUAGUCUGAUGCUAUUAGAGGCGGCCUCAUGGGAGACAAACCCGGAUGCCCUGUUGGCAAUAGUCAUGCACCUGAAUGGACUGGUAACCGCGGCAAACCAUCAUUGCGGCCCAGUAGUCACGGCGGAGUUGACCGUGUUCCAAAAAUUUCUGGGAAUGGCAAUUGGCAGUGUCACGAGGAAUGGAGUGGAGGAGCAGCUGUCCACGACGGUCAGCAGUGUCGAAGGAUACCUCUCGGCUGCAAGUCGUGGGCAGCGACGGGAUCCGGGUGUGGCCAUUACUCGAAUGAUCGCGUACAUGUACCUCAGCCUGGUACUUCGUCCUGGUCGUAUGAGCAACGAAAUCCUCGAAUGUCUCAUAGACUCGAUCGGCAGAGAUACGGAGAGGCUUGAACGAAACGCGAGAAACGAUUCUGCUGAGCAAUCUGUUUUGUUCUGGAGUCUCAUGCUGUCUAGCGCUGCGCUCGCCAGCACGACACCCUUGCCUGGUGUUGAUGGCGAGAGGCUGGGCUCGAGGAAGAGAGCGAUUAGUAAUGAGCUACGCGGCACAAGUGCCAUGCUGCGGUUGCACACAUGGCAUGCAGCCGUUGCUGUACUGAAAAGGGUUGCUUUCGUCGAGUUCGAAGGCGAGCAGGAGCUCAAGCAGCUGUGGGAAGAGGCAGUCUGCAACGCAGAAUCAUGA